AUGAACCUCACGCAUCCCGACAUGCUGGUCGUCGCGGAGGACGUCGAGCUAGGCAAGCCCGACCCGCGCUGCUACCUGCUGGGUCGUGCGAAGCUGGGACUGGAGCACUCGUCGUCGCUGGUGGUGUUGGAGGACGCGCCGUCGGGGAUCCGCGCGGGCAAGGCGGCCGGAUUCAAGGUGCUUGCGCUGGCCACGACCCACACGCUGGCCCAGCUCCAGGAAGCCGGGGCGGAUUGGAUUGUGGAGGACCUGAGGAGCGUUUCGGUCAAGGCCGUUGCCGAUGGCCAGAUUCAGUUGGAGAUUCGGAACGCUUUCCAAUAA